CUUUAGCACUGGUCGUGGCUGGCGCCGAAGCAAGUUUCGCGAUGUUUCGCCUCCGCAGCAGUAUCAACCUGCGCCACCUCGGCGGCGGCCUCGGCCUCAUGGCCGCCUACUCGAGCAACUCGGCGUCGCUCCUCAAGAGCGCCAAGCCGGCCGUGACCUUUUACCAGUACGAGCCGUGCCCGUACUGCUGCAAGACCAAGGCCGUCAUGGACUACCUGCAAGUCCCGUACAAGGUCGUCGAGGUCAACCCGGUCUCGAAGAAGGAGCUCAAGGAGAUCACCGACUAUGGCAAAGUGCCUGUCGCGGUCAUCGACGGCGUCGUCGUGCCCAACUCGUCCGACAUCAUUGCGCACCUUCAGGCCCACGCCGGCCUGCCGCCCGUCGAGAAGGAGUGGUCCGAGUGGGUCGACAUGAAGCUCAUUACGCUCAUGCCGCCCAACAUUUACCGCACUGUGCCCGAGGCGCUCGAAGCGUUCGAGUACUGCUUGACCGAAGGCAACUUUACCGCGUGGGAGCGCCGUCUCUCCAAGUACUCUGGCGCGGCCGCCAUGUACCUCAUUUCCAAGCGCCUCAAGAAGAAGUAUGGCAUCGAAGACGAGCGCCAAGCGCUGUACGACGUGACGGCCGUGUGGCUCGAGGCGAUUGGCGACAAGCCAUUCUUGGGCGGCGACGAGCCCAACCUCACGGACGUCUCGGUGUUUGGUGUCUUUCGCUCAAUCGUCGGCCUCGAGACGUUCAAGGAUCUCAUGACGCACACGCAGCUCCAGCCAUGGUUUGAGCGCAUGGCGGCCAAGGUCGGUCCGCGCCAGCGCCUCCAAGACUAGGUUUAGAGUAUAAUCGCCCCGCUCGAACGCACUGUGCAUGUCAAACCACUCUUGAUGUACGACAUCGGAAGCUGUGUCGUCCUCACGGUGGUGUCAGCGUCGAACGUGGUCAGCUCGAAAAGACGUGCUCACGUGGUUGUGCUCCUCGUCGUCUCCGAGGCCCGUACUUCGAGUAGGCUGGAAUAUGCGCUGUCCUCUUCUCAAUUUGCCUAAGGAUGGGGGGAGGCUGGUGAGGAUCGAACCCUGUGCCAGUGCUCGCACCACAAGGACGCCAUCGGACGGGAAAUGGGCAUGGCAUUGUGAAUGCACCACGUGGAAGAGGAGCCUGCGUACGACCUCGCGCGAGCUAUGACUCG